AUGGCAAGCGCGGCUGCGGUCGAGAAGAACUUGGCCAAGCUAGAUGCAGUUAUGCGCAAAACAAAAGUUUUUGUAGCGCCAGUCGACCGACGGAUCCUUCGGAGCAAAGCUGUUGUGAAGGGCAGGUCCUGGCCGAUGCAGCUACACGGACUGCGGCCACCCAGCGAGGCAAGCUCCAGCUCCAGUGGCGCAACUCGCAGUCCUUCCAAGGACGUCUUCCCAUUUACGGCGGAGAAGGUCCAGCAGACGUGCUCAAGCGCAUCAGUCGAGCGUAAGGAAGUGCUGACGGCUGAGGAUUUCAAGGGAACAUGGGUCGAUGCUGAUGGGAACAAUGUGCAUGUUGCCGAGGCCGCUCAAUUUGGAGUUUUCGGCCAAUUGGUGGCAACCAUAACACGCCCUCCGCUUCGCCAACUCCGCCUGGAGCUUUGGCAGCCCGAGGGCAGCUUACAGUGGCGCUGUGGCAGUGCUACAUUGACUGCGCAAGCAAACCAACAGCUGAUUUGGCGCUUCCCGGGUGGGAAAGUCUCGACUUGGCUUCGAAAGGCAGCCUUUGAAGAAGGCUUGAGCGAGCAGGGUUGGCUUGCCAUUUGGGAUCCUGAAUAUGGUUACGGACCUUGGGGUCUCUCGACACCGAGCGACCAGAACAUCUCCCUCAGCGACUUCGCAUGGAUGCUUUCCAAUGGCACAACCAACCAGAUGAUGACUUCAAAGCUUCAGAAGGAUGGAACUAUGGUAUUUGUUCCUCUGACGGAAGCGAGCCUCCACGAGAUGACGCACUGA